AUGUCGUACGGAGGACAAACACCAACAGUUGUGGUUCUCAAAGAAGGAACAGACACCUCCCAAGGAAGAGGACAAAUACUUUCGAAUAUAGAUGCAUGUCUCGCAAUUCAGGACACUCUAAAGCCGACGCUCGGCCCGUUCGGUUCGGAUGUGUUGCUGGUGAGCAACGGCAAAACAACCAUUACAAACGAUGGUGCGACGAUUCUCCAUCUUUUGGACGUGAUCCACCCAGCCGCGAAAAUUUUGGUGGAUGUGUCGAAAUCUCAAGAUGCAGAAGUUGGAGACGGCACAACGUCGGUUACAUUGUUGUCGGCGGAGUUCAUGAAGGAGGCCCGGCAGUUUGUGGAGGAGGGGAUGUCGUCAAAUGUGAUUAUCAAGGGUUACAGGAAGGCAUGUGAGUUGGCCUGCAAACGCAUCAAAGAGAUUGAAAUCGAGCUUAAGAAGGGAGGCAGCAAGGAGGAAGGCGACCCGGAGUUCCGGGCGUUGUUGAAGAAGUGUGCAAAAACAGCAAUGUCGUCAAAGUUGAUCCAAGCGAACUCUGAGUUUUUCGCAGAGAUGGUGGUGGAGGCUGUGCAGUGUCUUGAUCCGGAGGAAUUGGACGAGACGAUGAUCGGAGUGAAGAAGAUUGCCGGCGGAUCGCUGGAGGAGUCGCGUCUCGUGAAGGGCGUGUCGUUUAAAAAGACAUUUUCGUAUGCUGGGUUCGAGCAGCAGCCGAAAAAGAUCGUGAAUGCGAAGAUAUUGUGCCUUAACGUUGAACUCGAGCUCAAGGCAGAGAAAGACAACGCAGAGGUGAGGAUAACCAAAGUGAGCGAGUACCAGGCGAUCGUGGAUGCCGAGUGGAAGCUCAUCCUGCAGAAGUUGGACGCAAUUGUGGCAACUGGUGCCACCGUUGUGCUUUCGAAGCUUCCAAUUGGAGAUUUGGCCACGCAGUACUUUGCGGACCGCGGCAUCUUCUGUGCGGGCAGAGUUGCGUCGGACGACCUGGAGCGGACGGUUGCAGCAGUUGGUGGAUCCGUGCAAUCGACAUGUUCUGAUUUGACGCCGGAAAACUUGGGAAAAUGCGGUUUAUUCGAGGAGAUCCAGAUCGGCAAGGAGAGGUACAACGUGUUUGAGCAGUGCCCCGAGGCCCAGACGUGUACUCUUCUGCUCCGGGGAGGUGCAGAUCAGGUGAUUGCAGAGGUGGAGAGAUCGCUCCAUGAUGCAAUCAUGAUUGUCAAGAGAGCAAUCCAGGAUAACUACAUUGUGGCGGGUGGAGGUGCCAUCGAGAUGGAGCUCAGCAAGUAUCUCCGGGAGUACUCGAGGCAGAUUGCCGGCAAGCAGCAGCUGAUCAUUGCAGCCUAUGCCAAGGCUCUUGAGAUCAUUCCACGCCAGCUUUGUGAGAAUGCUGGGCUGGACGGUACCGGUUUGAUCAACAAGCUCCGUUCUCUACACUCGAGAGGCCAGAUCUGGUAUGGUCUUGAUUUUGCACACGAGUCCGUUGCCAACAACCUCGAGACUUUUGUCUGGGAGCCUGCUUUGACAAAAAUCAAUGCUCUCCAGAGUGCCACUGAGGCAGCAUCCUUGGUUUUGGGUGUUGAUGAGACUGUCAAGAGCCAGCCGAACCAGAAUACUGUUGGCAGCCAGCCGGUGCCUCCACCAAGCGGCAGGGGAAGAGGUAUGCCUGCUGGAAUGCCUCCCACGCAGAUGCAUAUGAGUUGA